UUUCAGUCCAGACAUACAUGACACACGGAUGCAUCGAGAACUCAACAUCUCUAGCCUUAUUAUUUUAAUACGCAUCAUUUUAGUGUGACACUUUAAUAUUGAGACGGUGAUGGACUUCAGAGCAGAUGAGGAUUUGGAGGAGCUUUGCCCGGUGUGCGGAGAUAAAGUGUCCGGUUAUCAUUACGGCCUUCUGACCUGCGAAAGUUGUAAGGGUUUUUUCAAGAGGACAGUUCAGAAUAACAAGAGAUACACGUGCACACAGAACCAGGACUGCGGCAUCGACAAAACUCAGAGGAAAAGAUGUCCGUUCUGCCGCUUCCAGAAGUGUCUGAGUGUCGGCAUGAGACUUGAGGCUGUGCGUGCAGACCGGAUGAGAGGUGGAAGAAAUAAGUUUGGCCCAAUGUACAAGCGAGACCGAGCCUUAAAGCAGCAGAAGCGAGCUUUAAUCCGAGCUAGCGGCUUCAAACUGGAGGCUAACGGGACGCUGCUGUCGGGACAGACAGAGUUCAGUUCUGUAGGUCUGCAGUCUCCCUAUGACUGUCCUCCGCCUGCUCUCGGAGUCGCUCUGCAGAAUUACGGCUCAUUCCCAGCACAGUAUCAGUACACGGCUCCGUCUCUACCCAAAUCCAUCAAAGCCGAGUAUCCGGACGCGUACUCCAGCUCUCCGGACUCCACGCUGGGUUACUCAUACGCUGAUGGAUGCCUGAGCGCUUCACCACACAGUGUCCCCAUAAACCCUGCGCUGCCGCCGCUGGUGCUGGAGCUGCAGAGCUGCGACCCAGAUGAGGAGCAGGUGAGAGGAAAGAUCUGCGCGUAUCUCCACCAGGAGCAGAGUGGCAGAGGAAAGCUGGAGAAAUCGCGACCCUUCAGCCUGCUGUGUGUCAUGGCCGACCAGACGCUCUUCUCUAUCGUGGAGUGGGCGAGAAGCUGUGUCUUCUUCAAGGAACUAAAGGUGGGCGAUCAGAUGCGUCUGCUGCAUAACUGCUGGAGCGAGCUGCUGCUUCUGGAUCACAUCUGCAGACAGGUGCAUCAUGGGAGAGACGGCAGCCUGCUGCUCAUCACAGGACAGGAGGUGGAGCUGUCGGCGGUGUUGGACGCUGGUCCUCCUCUGUCCAGCAUGGUUGAGCGAGGGCAGGAUCUGUCCCGCCGGCUCCAGCUGCUGCAGGUGGACAGCAGAGAGAUGGCCUGUCUGAAGUUCCUCAUCCUCUUCAACCCCAACGUGAAGCUCCUGGAGAACCCGCAGUUUGUGGAGAGCGUGCAGGAGCAGGUGAACGGGGCUCUGCUGGAGUACACACUCUUCUCGUACCCGCAGUGUGUGGAGCGCUUCAGUCAGCUGAUCCUGCGGCUGCCCGAGCUGCGUUCGCUGAGCGCCGAGGCCGAAGACUUCCUCUGCUACAAACACCUGUGUGGAGAAGUGCCCUGCAACAACCUGCUGAUCGAGAUGCUGCACGCCAAGAGGUCCAGCGCACAGUGAACACACACACACACACGCACGUACAUGCUUUUCACACACUGCCGUCUGGUUUGUAGUAAGAUAGAGAUUCUGAAAUCAAGAAGCAUUUUCCAGAGCAGUUCCCAAACUUUUCCCAAAAUAACGAGUAGGGUGAAGCUGCAGGCCCGGAGACCCAACUGCACGCUCAGACCUGCGCGCACACACCGAUUGUUUUCUCAGACAGUGCCACCUGCUGUUGGAAGUCAAUGUAGCAAUAAACACCCAUAACAUCACCAGAGGGGAGUCAACAGGACCAAAGGUCCGUUCUUCGUACCUCGCUUAAAUGAUCGAAGAUGAUUUGGCAGAUCCUGGAUCUGUUAAUCUUGAUAACUGAUCUCUCGCUAAUUUGGUUCUUCAAACAAGUUCGCGAAUCAGAUUAGAAUGUCUGGAACUGAUCUGAGAUCGCUGCGUGUGUUGUGAAGGACAGAUCUAUCCAUCCUCGAAAUCAUGAUCAGCAAUGCAACGAUUGGCUGACGGCACAGCAGCGUAAUGACAUCAUCUGAUUAAUAUUCAAUUAUCCAUGUGAGCAAAAUUCGCAGUCAACGGUUUGUUAAAUAUGAUACGCAAUAACUUUACACCUUGUUGUGGGCUGUAUGCUUGGCUCUUUCAUUUGUCAAGAGCAAUUUAUUUAGGUUUAGGUUUAACUUUAUUUGUCCCCGAGAGGAAAUUUGUCUUGGGCAUAAAAGGUGCUACAACAUUGUCUAAACAGACAGUAAAAAUAAAUAAAACAAAACAAUUAAGAACAAACAGUUAAGAACAUACAUAUUUAGUUUUACAGUUAGCGGAUUUUCCUUAUUAUAGUAGUAUUAUUGUAGCCGGUUUUUUAAUCGGUGUAAAGAAUAACUAUUUUUUACAAAAGCAUUUUGAUAUUGGUAAAGGCGUCUGCAACUUUUAUGAAGCAUCAAAUCACCGUCAUAUAUUAACUGCCAAAACAUGUUUAUGACUGCAUAAAUGUAUUAUUGCUUUUAAAAAGUCACAUAUUGUGCACGUCUAUUAUCAUACACAAAUUGUACUAAAGCGAUCUAAACAGUUCAUACCA